UAUUUUGAAAAUCUAACCGGGAAAGUGUGUCUUUUAACCUAAGGCUGCCUAACUCGACAUCGUUGCAUUUAGCUAGCUAGCUAUCCACAACAGUAGCUUUGGGUCAUCGUUGUUUGUCAUUUUAAAGCCCUAAAUCGACCCGUUUAUCGGGUUUAAUCGCCUGGUGGCCGUCCUGUGAUGGGAAUUACCUCCAGGAUGGUUCCUACCGAGGAUGCGUCCGCCAGGAAGCGGGAGAUAGAGGAGAAACUGAAGCAGGAGCAAGAAACGCUGUCGUUCAUCCGAGAAAACAUGGAGAAGAGUGAUCAGCUCACCAAGGGCAUGGUCUCCAUCCUGUCGUCGUUCGAGAGUCGCCUGAUGCAGCUGGAGAACUCCAUCAUCCCCGUCCACAAACAGACGGAGAACCUGCAGCGGCUGCAGGAGAACGUGGACAAGACUCUGUCCUGCAUGGAUCACGUCAUCAGCUACUACCACGUGGCCAAAGACACGGACCGGAUCAUCAGAGAGGGGCCGACAGGCAGACUGGAUGAUUAUCUCCUAUGCAUUGCAAAGAUUCAGAAAGCUGUGGAAUAUUUUCAAGAUAACAACCCUGACAGCCCCGAGCUCAACACAGUGAAAGCGCGCUUCGAGAAGGGCAAGGAGCUGCUGGAGGCGGAGUUCAGGAGCCUCCUGACGCGCUACAGCAAACCCGUCCCGCCCAUCCUCAUCCUGGACGCCAUCACUGUGGACGAAGAGCUGGAGGUCCAGGAGGACGUGGUGCUGGACCACCUGCCCGAAGCCGUGCUCCAAGACAUCAUCUGCAUCGCCGGCUGGCUGGUGGAGUACGGACGCAACCAGGAUUUCAUGAACGUCUACUUCCAGAUCCGGUCCAACCAGCUGGAUCGCUCCAUUAAAGGCCUGAAGGAUCACUUCCGCAAGAACAGCGCCUCCUCUGGGAUCCUGUACUCGCCCGCCGUCCCGACCAAACGCAAGGACACGCCCACCAAAAAGGCUCCCAAGAGACCAGUCUACAUCCCAGGGACCAUUCGCAAGGCUCAGAACCUUCUGAAACAGUACUCACAGCAUGGGCUGGAUGGGAAAAAGGGGGGCUCUAACCUCACUCCUUUGGAAGGUUACGAUCAUGACUUGCGGGUCAAACACCCAUCUGACGCCCUGACCGAGAAGCACGGGGCCGCCGCAGGGAAAGAUGACGUUCUGGACAUCGAGAUCGACUCCUACAUCCACUGCAUCACCGCCUUCGUCAAGCUGGCCCAGAGCGAGUACGUCCUCCUGGCGGAAAUCAUCCCCGAGCACCACCAGAAGAAGACCUUCGACUCCCUCAUCCAGGAGGCGCUGGACAACCUGAUGCUGGAGGGAGACAACAUCGUGUCUGCAGCUCGCAGAGCCAUAAUGCGCCACGACUACUCCGCCGUGCUCACCAUCUUCCCCAUCCUCAGACACCUGAAGAUGAACAAGUCUGAGUUUGACACAACUCUGCAGGGAACAGCAGCAAGCACCAAGAACAAGCUGCCGACUCUCAUCACCUCGAUGGAAACUAUUGGAGCCAAAGCUCUGGAGGAGUUUGCCGACAGCAUCAAGAAUGAUCCUGAUAAAGAGUACAACAUGCCCAAGGAUGGAACGGUCCACGAGCUGACCAGCAACGCCAUCCUGUUCCUGCAGCAGCUGCUGGACUUCCACGAAACAGCCGGAGCCAUGCUGGCCUCACAAGAGACGAGUUCAUCGGCGGGCAGCUACACCUCCGAGUUCAACAAAAGGCUCCUCAGCUCUUAUAUAUGUAAGGUGUUGGGGAACCUGCAGCUGAACCUGCUCAGUAAAUCCAAAGUGUACGAGGAUUCGGCGCUGAGCGCCAUUUUUCUGCACAACAACUACAACUACAUCCUCAAGUCGCUGGAGAAGUCCGAGUUGAUCCAGCUGGUGACGGUGACUCAGAAGAAAGCGGAGAGUUCGUACAGAGAGCUGAUUGAGCAGCAGAUCCAGAUGUACCAGCGCAGCUGGUUGAAAGUCACAGAGCACCUGACGGACAGGAACAUGCCCGUCUUCCAACCCGGCACUAAGCUGAAGGACAAAGAGCGACAGGUGAUUAAAGACAAAUUCAAGGGCUUCAACGACGGGCUGGAGGAGUUGUGUAAGAUCCAGAAGGGUUGGGCCAUCCCGGACAAAGAGCAGCGAAACUUCAUCCGCCAGGCUCAGAGGAGGGUGGUGUCUGAUGCUUACAGGGCCUUCCUGCAAAGAUGCGCCAACAUCUCUUUCACCAAGAACCCGGAGAAGUAUCACAAGUAUCGGCCGGAGGAGGUGGAGGAGAUGAUCGAAAAGCUGUUCGACACGUCGGCCUGAGCCAACGGCGACUCACCUUCCUCAAGCGCUCCAAACGCGUCCCUUUAUUCACCCUCUCCUCACACUACUGUCGCCCCCCCGCUGGGUCCGAUGAAUGCUUUUGUACAAAGAUAACAUCAUGAUGUAUUUAUGUAAUUUAGCCAUUCCAGCUUAGCAUUUCAAACAAAUAAAAGGGAAAUCUGUGAAUCA